AUGUAGAAUCCAGAAUAGUCCUAUAUGCUACUGCUACUAAUAGGCAUAAUCUUCAACAUUCUCAAAUAAUAACAUGUUUGGGUAUAUUUGAACUUUUUGAUGAAAACUCCCAAUACAUACAAGAAGUAAGCUUCUAAAAUUAUGAAUUUUAAAAUCAUAAAAACCCAUUAUUUAAACUGUGAUUCACAAAUACCACAAACUCCUCUCUUGAGAGAUUCUGAAUAUCGGGAACCUUUCCAUAUUUCUCCUAAAAUAUCGCAUUACUAGCAAAUAGGUCCUAAAUAACCAGUUAUGCAGUAAUUAAUACUAUUAGGGUUUUCUGCUUGA